CAGUUUUUUGUGAAAUAUGCUUUAUUUUUCUUCAACUUGGUGUUUGUGUUGGCCGGCGCAGCACUCAUAGGUAUGGGCAUAGCGGUGCUGGUGUCACUGGAUAGGGUUGCGGAAAUUAUACCGGUGAUCACCACAAUCCCCAUCCUGGUAAUUGUGGUUGGCUGCAUCGUCUUUUUGAUUUCCUUCUUUGGAUGUUGCGGAGCUAUCAGGGAGAAUGGAUGUCUCCUUAUUAUGUACGCAGUAUGUAUGUUCUUAUUGGUAGCAUCAAACAUAGCACUGGCAGUGGUGAUAUUCCGAAACCUAAAUGGGCUAUCGACCACAGUCGAUGGGUGGGUCCGCACCGCAUUCCAGCAACAUGGACAAGCUCCAGAUGGCGGAUUCAGGGCACUGGAAGAACUUUUUAAAUGCUGCGGAACGACAGGCAAGGAGUCCUACAACAACCUGCCGUUCAUACCUCCGACCUGCUGUCCAGAAGUAAAUUGCGACAGCGCAGCCACUUACUACGACGGCUGUUCAACGAUAUUCACCGACUACCUAAACAAUUUCGGAAAUGUUGUUGGCACUAUUGUUAUCAUUAUUCUUUGCAUUGAGUUCAUCGCGAUGAUCUUUGCACUGUUCCUCAACCAGCAGAUCACUAGCGCAAAACGCAGGCAGAGAUACUAAAAUAGCCAUCAUUUGUAAAGUAGUAUGAUAGAUACCUACCCUUGUUUCCCUUGCUAUAAUGUGUCCUAAAAGCGGAAUUAGGAAAAAUAUGACCCUAUGUUCACUGCUGUAAAGGUUCAUUCGCACUAACCGUAAGGUACCGUAAAUAAAUAACGUAGAUACCCAAACGUGGUCAGUACACUGCAUCCAGCUUUGAACAUACGAAACUGCUUGGCUAAAUUAUAGAAUUGUUUGCUUAAAAAUGUCUCUUUUUUUAUCAGUCAGUUAAGCUGUCCUACUGGCAACUACAUACAAAUUGUAUCGAAACUUCUGGACGGGCUAUGCAUUUGGAUCACUCGCAUCUUAUCUGAGCCAAGCAUAAAGUAGUUGUGGCGUCAACACCGGCGUUCCUCUUUUAUGCUACCACCAACCCUGUUCAUCCUAAACAUCAAUAUGUUACUAACUGGUAACAUACGUUGCUAUAGAGAUGAUAGUACCUGUGAUAACAGUGCCGUGCGAACAUGCCUCGUCAGCAAGUG